CGCAUGCGCCGUGCCUCGAUUAUCCGUGUGCGCGGGGUGUCGGAGGGGGUGGGGAAUGUGCCGGAGGAGUUUGAAAUGGCCCCUGUGAGUCCCUAUUCGGCCCGCGCCAGGUAAAGGGUCGUCGGGGUUGAGGCGCGUCAAAGGCGCCGAGGCCGGGUUGGCCGUUUCAGAAGUGACGAGCCUUGAGGUUUCCGACAGCGGCCCUUGGGCGGGCUGGGCAAUGCGAGAGAGGGAGGCUCUUCUCUCGGGCGGCAGGCAGGCCUCUGCCCCUCAUUGUUGUUGCGGGAGAGGAGGAGGAGGAGGAGGCGCGUCUCCCGCUCUGCUUUCUCCUCAGGCCCCUGUCCCUCCACCUGAGGAGGAGGAAGAGCGAGCGAGCUGGCUGGCAGUUUCGCCCUCAAAGGCCUCUUGUCUGUGUCCCCGCCCGCCCUCCAUCCACCUCUUCUCAACCCCCACCCCGCGUGCCUCGCAUGCAUGGGGAGCGCGAGAGCCACGCAAUAGUUACUUCUUUGUUUCCCUCCGUGAAUUUCCUCCACUCGCAUUCUCGUUCCUCAUUCGUAGGCCUUGUUUGUGUCGCCCCCCCCCCACGUAUCCCAUUAAAUACAAUAUAUCUUCCAUCCUGCUGGUGAGGUUUUCUUUGCAAGUGGUUCACGCAGGACAACUGGACGUGUGAUUGCUAAGAAGCGAGUCGGACUGAGCUCAGUUAAGCUGGCUGUCAGGUGCUCGCGACCUCGGUCUGCCUACGUGCAGGUUUCUAGUGGACAUUGCUUUUUCUCUCGCCCGCGCUAACUUCUCGGGAAACUUCCGUUUUCAAGAGAUUGCUUUUCAUCUUUAUUCUCCGAAUACAUAUUGCUUUGGAAUGCAGUCUCCGUUUCUGUCUCAGGCUAAGUGUUUCAGUAUACCUGGUAUUUCCCCCUGCUCUUUCGCGCAGCAGCUCCAGUCGUUGGACUCCCCUAGGUUCACAAUCGCUGAUAUUUACAGUGCAAAGACCUGUUCUUUAACUGCGGUGCCAUUUUAAAGUCUGCAAGUCAGUUAAACUUCUGUGAACAAAGCGAUAGCGCUGCUCUUGGUAAGGUGCCAUAUUAUGUUGCAGAUGCAUCCACACCUUGAAAGAUGAGCUUCUAGAAGUCUUGGUUACAGCUGCGUAUUGAACUUUUGUCACAAACCAGGUUUCUUUAUGCAUUUACUUAGAACAUCCAGGUGUUUAUUUGCCUGUGACUUUUGUGCAAUCCUCCCCAACCAAAGGUUAGUUUAAUAAUUGUACUAUUGUUAAUUUACUUUAAGACGUUAUUUGCCACAUCACGCAUUGAAAACCAGUCUGUCUAAUUUGGAAUAGACUUGCAUUAAAAUAUUUUAAGUGUAGGGGUGGCUUUCAUAAAGUUAUUUAUUUUGAUAGGUCACAGUUGUAGAAGACUAAAACAGCAAAAGAAUUUUGUCGCUCGCCAUGGCUCAAUUUGGAGGACAGAAGAAUCCCCCUUGGGCUACCCAGUUUACAGCCACUGCAGUAUCUCAGCCAGGUCAGCGUUUAUAUUUCUUUUUAACCAGUAACUUCUGCCUUAGCUUCAAUCUGACAUUCUGCAAGGUUUCAUACUUUUUGUCAGAGGAAACCAAAAUAAAAUGAAUAGUUCAAAAGGUUUUAAUUGAUAAAUUGGAUUGAUUAAAAUGCUUUUUCCAGCCAACAAGGUGAUCCUGUUUAAUUAGCAGAACUACUUUUUUAAAAAAUAUUUUUUAAUAAGUUCAUUAAAAAUGCAUUCCAUCAAACACCUUAAAUGAAUAAUUUAUUCUGAUGUGACAGAUGAGGAAAGCUUCUUCUAAGAUUUUGCCACACACAUAUGUAUUAUCAUAAAGAUGGUGUGCUUUUUUCUUUAGUAGUAUUUAUUUUUCAUAUGCCUAUAUAUGUGGAUUUAAUAAUUUUAUCUAGGUGACAUCCCUAAAACUCAGCAGUUCUUAAAUGUAGCAUUGUGUUUAUAUGAAAAGGGCAAGAAAUUUGCUUUGAAUACAUCAUGUAUUAACAUAUUGGUGCCCCUGUUAUGCAGAGACUGGAUUUAGCUUGAAUAGUAAGUAGCAUAUUUUGUUAGUUGUUGAGCCAACUAUGCUUUGCAGUAUACCACAUUCAAGCAAUUUAUUAAAACAGGAAUGCUACAUUUCUUCAGAAGCAUGGUUUUCUUCCUUGUUCCUAUGGUGGUUUUUUGCUGCUUCAAAGGGAAGAACCUGAUAAUUUUUACAGACUUGGGCCUUCAGCUGGUAUUUUUCCAACUCUGUUUUCAAAGUUUCUAUAAGUGUUAAGAGUUUGGAGCAUGAAGUUCAAGGCCAAGAAUGCUUAGCUGAACACAUCAGAGUUGGUCUAAUAUAUGGUCACUUUACAAAUGAUACGUUGCUUUCUGUUGGUACCCUUAGGUAAGAUGGAAAUAAAAUUGAAUGAGAUCUAAAUUACAGAAGCUUGAAGGACCAGUAAAAUUUGAGAAUGAGCAGUUUUAACUGUGAGGCCUGAAAUGAAAUGAAAUUGUUAAUUGCAUAAUUAUUUCUGGGCUUUCCCCUCUAAGCAUGUGCAGCUUCUCUUCCAUGAUCAUGAUGAGGCCUAGAUGCUGAUACUAAGCCCAAUUAAUAUACCAUGUUAUUUACCAUGUUAUAGUUUCUCUUCUUCCCUCCCCUGCUGCAUCUAUCAGCUGGCAAUAGCAGGUGCUUGCAUACUCUUAUGGUGCAUCAGUUUUCAGCUCCAUUUUUAUUCUACAUACAUUUUGCAACAAUCGUUUGAAUAAAUGCAGAAUGAUUUAUAUCAUAUACUGUUUUGUUAAUUGUUAAGUAGCACAUUAUAUCUUUAAAUGGUUAAGUUACAGUUUGAUACAUCAGCCAGUAUUGCAUUUAUUUUCCUCAAAAUUUUCUUCCAUGGCUUCAAAAGAUCCAGAAUUCAUCUAUAUUUAGCAUCAGAUCAUUAAGUCUGCAAUGUGGUUUGAAAAUGGCCUGUGAUCUGGCACACCAAGAAGUCUUGGCAUAAAGCAUACUCCAUCCUUAAUUUCCUAUAACUGAAUAUACCUAUUAGUUUUAAGGCUAGGUUUUUAUUAUUGCUCUCAGUUUUAUGUUCCAAGUGAAGAGUUGCUGAAGACUCCAUUGCUUUGUUGCUUUGGAUCUAUCCUGCCAACUGUGUGUGUUCAGCCACAUGUAGUAAACAUGAGCUAUAAUAUUCUUUGGCUCUAAACUAAAGUAAAGUUGAACCUUUUCUGCAUUUGAACAGUAGCUCCUAUAUAAAAAGUGCAUGUGCUGUAUAUUGGGGUGCAAGGAAGAGCCAUUUCCCCACAAGCUCUGACUUACAGGAGGAAAUCCUUAGUGCUGUUAAACCCCAUGUUUGACCAUGAUAAGACUGUACUACCCACCCACCCCAAACUAAGAUGUCCUAAUGCUUAAAUCCUACAUUUUCAGCUGCUCUUGGUGUUCAGCAACCAUCCUUACUUGGAGCAUCUCCUACAAUAUAUACACAACAAACUGCAUUAGCAGCAGCAGGCCUCAGUACUCAGACACCAACAAACUAUCAACUCAGUCAAACAGCUGCUUUACAACAGCAAGCUGCAGCCGCAGCAGCCGCAUUACAGCAGGUAAAUGGAACUGCAUCUGCUGACUCCUAUUUUUGUGCAGCCAGUGAGUGGCAACUUCAGUAAAACAAGCCGAGGUUCAGAUAAACUUUAUAAUCUGCUUUGAGAUUUUUAUUUGUGAAAUGACUUUACUAUUGUUUAGAUACUGAAUGUUAUAUAGUUUUUAUGUAGUCUGUCGUGUCUAGGGCUUUCUUGUAGUCAUUACACUUGAGCCUCUGUUUGGUGUUCUCAAAAUAUCACAUACCCUCAGAAAUAGGGAAAUCUGUUUAGUAGGGACAAAUGUUAUUUGUUAGUGUCUUUCUCUAACAAUGGGUACCCAAAAAGACGUUGGAAAAGCUAAUAAAACACUAAAUCACAAUUCUGUAAACUAGAGUAAAAACUAGUGAUGCGUCAAAUUUUAAUGCUUAAAACAUUUUUGGAGAAAGGUAGGUUUUCAAGGAAUUUGGCAAGUACCUAAACACAUUCACAUACCCCUUAGUGGCUUUCCCUAGUUCUUAAGUAUGUUCAUGGUUAUUAUUAUUAUUUGUUAGUCACUUUAUACAAAACUCUCAAACAUGAAAUGCUGCUGCUAUAGCAUAAUUUCGUUCUUCACAGUAUGAUCUUCACUAUAGCAACGUGAUUGGAUUUGGCUACAUGAUGAUGUCACUGAAAGUACCACAGCCCUCACAUUGCUUUUAUUCUUGAGGAAAAGAAGAAACAUUUGCCUGUUGCAAAAGCAAUUAGUCUGAUGUUCCCAGCCAAACGAUGCUGGUGAUUUCUUGAUGCAUAGUACUGGCAAGCAAUGACUUGUGUCCUGAUCCAGUUCUAUUUAUAUAUUAAAUUUGUACUCCACCUUUCAUAGUUAUGUGUGACCAGUUGCAACAGAAUAUAGAUGAGAUGAGAAUGUGCAUCAUAUUGAUAAUGUAGUGUAGAUCAACUGCAGCUGUAUGCAGAUGUUGUCCUUGCCACUGUUUUCAAUGGGAUAUAUUUCCAAAUGUGUGGACAUUCUUUUAUAACUAGCAAACUGCAACUAGAUUUGAGUGAAAGAGUGUUGGCCUAAUUCACCUUCACAUAUUUGCAAAAUGGUGUGAAAAAUGGCAGAAAAGUAGGGGGUGCUCUUCACAGGGGGUGAAAAGGUUCAUGCAGGGCUCCUUUUGCUUGCCACUAGUAAAAUAAUUACAGCAUAUCUGUCCCCUGUGGUACACAAAUUAGGUCAAACUAGUAUGUGUUGAUGAACUAGAAUAUUUAUUCUGCAGCUGGCAUAACUGGGUGUUGUGAUCUUGCGAAGCUCCUGUUCAUUUCAUUAAGGCUUGCUUAUGGAUAUUUCAUAGCAGAUUGUACUCGGCAUAUGUUAAAUUAGUUCAUGUUGUAAUAUCUAGACUGAUUUUUAAAAAACAAUAAAUGCUUUUCAGAGAAGAUACAAUACUGUUUUGUUCAGCUGAUGAAAUAAUAGAAAUGCAAGUAUCAUCUUUUUUGUCUUAAACUUUAUUUCUGCAGUUUGGUUUUGCCAUAUAUUUCUCUGAGAUUGUAGUAUACAGAAAUAUCUUUUUGGAGUACUGUCUAGUUAUCAAUUCUGAUUCUGUUUUUCAGCAAUAUUCACAACCACAGCAGACCCUCUAUAGUGUACAACAGCAGGUUUGUUCACCUCUUUGUGUGCAUAUUGUCAGCCUCUUAUUUGCUCUGUCUGAAUUGGUCCAUAGACUUCCAGUUCUGGAUGAUAGCCCAAAAAUGUAUUUUAGUUUUAUGUCGUUAAAUACAGAAAUGAUUGAAAUGUUCACAUUAAAUGACAUGUAAAACCGUUUGUCCCCCAAUAUACCUCCCUACUUAACGUAGCCUCACUUUAACAUAUCCUCCAACACUCAUAACGUGGUGGGGGAUUCAACAAUGAAGUCUUAUAUUCCUCCCCCCAGUGUCACAUCAGACUGAGCAAUUUCAAUAUAUGCUAACAAAUUGUAAGACCAUGUACCUUUUUAAAAACACUCUCUCUCUCUCUCUCUCUCUCUCUCUCUCUCCAGUGUAUGUUCCCCACCCAAAUAGCUACCUUCUCAUGGUGGGUUGUAUUCAACACUGCUGUUCUGCUAGCACAGCAGACUUCUGCUUGCUCAAUGGAACUUUCCCCUCUUAUCUCUUUCAGCCUCCCCAGCCCACAACCUCAGAAUCUGCUCCAGAGGGUUGGAAGACAAUUCAGAGCAGAUUCUGAGGACAUGUGGGGAGAGGAAGAGGAAGGGAAAGUCUCACUGUGUGAGCAGAUCUCUGCAAAUGCAGUGUGAUAUGCAACCCUGUGUGUGCAAAUUGCUGUGCCCUUACAUUUGAAUCUCUACAGAACCGUAGUGACUUAACUAAGGAAUCUUGGAAACUGUUUUUCUGCUGUGAUGAAACUGAUCUAUAUUGUUGUCAAAAAAAGCUUCAUUUGCUGGGUUCUUUGAGAAGAGUAAUGAAGAGACAGAAGUUGGUCUGAGUAUGGCAAUGAGGGAAGUGGAUGUACCCCAACUCUCAUAUAUUGUCCUGGAUACUAAGAAGGGGGAGGAUUGGUCUUGCCUUAUCCUUUGUAUCACAUCUUCCCCCUGAACCUCAGCCACUGGGGCAAUUCACAAUGGGCCACAAAAUAGAGGCACAUUAUAAUCUAGAAUUUGUGGAUGGGAUAACUAUAUUGGUAGUGUUGGAAAAUGUGCUUUCAAGGACUCAUCUUUGGACAAUAGACAUCUGCUGUUGAUACAUGGCAAUCUUGCCCUGCCACUGCCAUUUUUAGUCUUGAUUCAUCCUGUAUUACAUAAAAGGGAAAAUCCCAAACUCCAGCGACUGUUCUGUGUGGUUUUAUGGAGUUGUGGAGCCACUGCUGUAUCCACAGCCCUACCAUUCCAGGGCAAAAGUUGUGGGGGUAGGGUGAUAGCUGCAGGAGCCUGAACUUGACGCAGCCUGAUGCCAUCACACAAUGGUAAUGAUAUCUGCUCAGGAUCCAACAUAUUCUGGGCCAGCUCAGCCCACCCCACCUCCAGAAUACUCCAUUUUGGAACCUUCGGCUGUCUCCUGCUGGUGGGGGUCAUGCUAGUAAAAGGUAAAGGUACCCCUAACCGCUAGGUCCAGUCGCGGACGACUCUUGAGUUGUGCACUCGUCUUGCUCUAUAGGCCGAGGGAGCUGGCCUUAGUCCGCAGGCAGCUUCCGGGUCAUGUUGCCAGCAUGACUAAGCUGCUUCUGGUGAACCAGAGCAGCGCACGGAAACGCCGUUCCUUCCAUACACCCAUUCUGGCAGCAAAGUGAUGCUUCUGUCCUCCUGGUGGUGGCAGCUGGUGGAAGACCAGUAUUGCUGAGCAGAGGGACACCACCUAAUUCAUCCCCUCUGAGUCUAGCACAAGGGGAGUUUGGACUACUCUGCAAGAGCGGAAAGCUAAGUGUUGGCCAAAACUACAUAAAGAGCAGCUAUUGUAUGGAUAAAUAAUAUGCUAGAAUGCAGGUAUAGGCAAUCAUGAAAACAUUUUGCAGCUGUUUCUCAAAGCUAAAUAUGGCUAAAGAGGAAGCUGGACUUGCCCAAAGCAUUAUAACUAAUUCAUGGUCUUGUAUUUUUUAAGUUGCAGCAACCUCAGCAAACUCUUCUAACCCAGGUUAGUUUUAUUAAAGCUUUCAUCACUGUAUAAUAAAUUUGCCUGUGCACUUGUCAGCUCUGCUUUUGUUUAAAGUUUUAAACAAUAAUGGUACCUUUAUUACGUCUCAUGUAAUACAGACAACUGGUAGUUCAGUCCAAUGUGUUCUUUAUCCCUUUGAUUACCUCCCCUUCCCAAACCAAAAUAUAAGUGCCCUUGUAGUUCUACUGUUAUAGAGAGAUAUUAAUUUCAUGUCAUUAGAAGGGGUAUUUCUAAUGCAUAUUUUCUCUUAGACUUCUGUUGAUGCUUUUAAGUUUUUAGAUAUUUACACCAAUGGUUAAGACUAGAAACUUAGGCUGCCAUUCUGUGCACACAAUUACUAGGAAGUAAUCUCUAUUGAAUAUGAUGAAAUUUACUUCUAAGUAAACCUGCAUAGGAUUGUGCUGUAAGUAGUAUACAGAUAUUUGAAGAGACUUUUCUUAGGACAGGAAAGUAAUUAUUUUAUGUUCAUAAAAAGUAGUGGACAAAAGGUACAUACAGUCCCCGCCCCGGCAAGGCAGCCUAUAUUGCACUUGAAAAUUCUGAAACAUUUUGCAGCAAUGUAAGAUAUUCAUUCAUAUUUUUGUCUGUGUGCUAGUCUUUCAGAAAACAUUUUAAACAUAUGUUUCAAUGUGCAUAACCACUUUAGGGAGGUCAAAAUAUAGCAUAGGAAAGAAUAGGUUGCCGAAAAGAUCAUUGACACAAAUUAAAUAAUAGAAGCAAAAUUCAAAAUCUGGAAAUGUUCUUGGGAAACAUCGAUUACGUAGCAACUGAAAAACAAUCUCUGCUUCCACAUCAUGGUUGGUGCUAGUCUGAAGGCAUUUCUGUGUUCUGAUGUGCAUUUACAGUUUUCAUGUUUGAGGUUAUUUUUAUAGAAAUACAAAUAAGCCUACAGUUUGAGGAAAUGAUUUGGAAGAAAUGGCUACCAUAAUAAGCAGGUGGGGUUUUGAUAUAUUGGUUGAACCAGCUUGUGCAACUGCAGUUUGAUAGGAGAAAAAUCAAGGUUUAUCUGUUUUUUUUCUCCCCCAAUGUAAAAAGGCAUAGUUUUUUGCACUUCGUACAAUGCAACUUUAGUUCAAAAUAAUUUUUCAGAGUGUGUGGCCUUUGACACCUGAGACAUGUUUUCAGAACCCACCCUAUUCCUAUGGAUGUAAUUUUAAAAAAACAUUUUAAAUAUUGAAUUUUAAAUUGUUGGGACCUGAUGGUGAAGAAUGGGUAAUAAAUUGAAUAAAUACAAAUUAUUAUUAUCAUUAUUCCAGCUAUACUAUUUAGAAGAUUGUCAAUGCUUACAUAAUUUCAUGUUUAAUUUUGCACGCAGCCAGCUGUGGCACUGCCAACAAGCCUUAGCCUGUCUACUCCUCAGCCAGCAGCACAGAUAACUGUUUCUUAUCCUGCACCUCGGUCAAGUCAGCAGCAGAGCCAGCCACAGAAGCAGCGUGUCUUCACUGGAGUAGUUACCAAGCUACAUGACACGUUUGGUUUUGUGGAUGAAGAUGUAUUCUUCCAGCUCAGGUAACUUAAUUCUACCAUACGUGCACAAGUGGUGAUACUAAUAAAAUGCAUGAGAAAUAAUAUAGAGAAAUAAGUUUAUCGAGAAUUAUGGUAGUGUGAUGUCUAAUCAUGUGACUCUUUUCAUUUUGCAGUGCUGUGAAAGGGAAGAGUCCUCAAGUAGGAGACAGAGUUUUGGUAGAAGCAACAUAUAACCCUAAUAUGCCUUUCAAAUGGAAUGCGCAGAGAAUUCAGACUCUACCAAAUCAGGUAUAUACAGCCACUCAGUCUGACUCUUGUUGGCGCCUUUAGUGUAAAGCUGAUUCACAAGUUGUUCCCUUUUUCCUCCUCAUUAGAACCAGACUCAAACCCAGCCUUUACUCAAGACUCCUCCACCUGUACUUCAGCCUAUUGCACAGCAGACUGCAUUCAGUGUGCAGCCACAGCCGCAGCCGCAGUCGCUGUUACAGGCACAGAUAUCAGCGGCUUCUAUUACACCUUUGCUUCAGACACAACCACAGCCUUUGUUACAACAGCCACAGCAGAAAGGUAUUUCUUCAGAACUUGACAUAUAUUGGAUGUUUUCUUUUUCCAAAAAAAAUGUAGAAGAAUAUAACUGACUGAAUAGUAGCAAGACUAUAUGGUCUUCAGUUUACCUUGUAGCUGUAGUGCAAUAGAGAUGCUGCAUUCUGAAGUCAGAACAAACCAUGAUUUGUUGUGAUGGGAACUUCAGGCUUACAUAUUCCCACACACACAGGGUAUAGACGUUAAAGGUUCCAAUUGCUGUUUGUAACCACAAUUUCCAAUUUUAUCCCAGUAUGGAAAACUGCUUAUACAAACCAUGGUUAUUUAACCAAGUUCAAUUCUCAUUUAACUAGCUGUGAUAUGUAUAAACCACACAUUCCCAUAUUCAGAUGAAAUGGGAAACUGCCUUGUUGCAAACUGCAACAGGAAGCCUUGUGUGCAAAAGGUGGGAAUGUAGCUCAUAAACCUGACAUUCACCAUAGCACAUUCUCAUAAUGUUAAACUGGUUUAUUAUAGCAUUGGAAUGUAGAACCCAGCCACACAUUUUGUAAUCCAGGUUCUCUGUGGAUAUGCUAUUUGUUUAUAACCAUGGUCUAAACUUUGUGUUGCCUGUUAGUAUCCAUAAUAUAUAUGCAUUUUAACAUCAGCUGUAGAAUACCAUGCUUCAUCCUUCUAAAGAAUAAAAGUGAGCCCCUCCACGGGCCUCCAUUAAGAACAAGGUACCUCUAAAAAACGUUGUAGCACCAGAAUUCUUAAUCACUUUGCAGUUACUUCUUGCAUAAAAUAGGUUGGCAGUAGGGCUGGUAAAUUGACUAGUUCUGUGGUUUCUGAAGAGGUAAAUAAAAAAGAUGGGUGUCAUUCAUAUAGAGCCUUAACCUUCAAGAGAACCUGUUUAGUGUCUACAUAGAAACUGUUGAUGUUUUGGACUUUACUUGAGCAAUCUGAACUAAGGAGAAGUUACCUUGUUUGGUUUGGUUUUAAAUCUGCUUUGCCCUCAUGUUCUUUCUUAGGCCGCCUCCUGCUCUGUGGACUUUGUAUUUGCUUGCACUAUUUCUGAGGUUCAUCCUGUUGUGUGACAUCUGGCACAAUUGCAUGCUGUUAUAUGCUCUGGUAGACAUUUUCUUGAGUACUGUUGCUCAGUCUUCUUUCCUACAGCUUGAGUCUAAUCUAGACCUCUUUUCCUUUGCUGCAGAGAACUGUGGAUUGCCCAGUUGAUGAGAGUAACCGCUAUCUGUUGUACAUGUUGUAGUUUAUGGCAUUGCCCUCUCACAGUGCUUAAUGAGGCAAUCAUUGCGGAGUUAUAGCAACAGAAAUGAUAGAUUGUUGAUGAUUUGAGGGCCAGUUCAGACUACUUGGCAAUUAUUUGUGACCCUUUCCCCCCAUCUUGUGUGUUCUUGUGAACAACUGUCAUGCUUGAGGGCAAGCUGCAUGUCUCUGGAUGCUUACUGAUUAGCAGUGACUCUCCAGCAUGUAGUCACUGCCUGAUUACGUGCACUUGCUUCCCUAUCAGAUAUUGAGAAGUGUUAAGCAGGGGGGAUGUGAUGAACAAACAGCCUCAAAGUGAGGAGUGGUCUUCAGAAUAAACAGCAAGAGCAGUAUUUUGUUGAAAUGGACACUGAUUUACACCCCACAUUGCUGGAAACUGAAUGGUUGAGUCAAAAUCUUCCAGCAUGUUAAUAUUUUCUGAGUAAUGUAGGUUUAAAGCAUUCAAUCAAUAUAAUGUUCUCUUGAACCAUUUUGUUCAGAGUUGUGUCCCUCCCCUUGAAUUCUGUUAAAGUGAAACUAGCUGCAGUAUGAUGAGGCUUGCAUUGAGGAAGAAAAAUUCAUCAUCUUGCCUAUAUAAUUUGAAGAGUUAAAUGAAUGCAUCCCAUUGGAUUAAAUAUGAGAAACCUUAUGUUGCUUAUACCUAUUGUUAUUAGCUGAUUGUUGGAUUGCUGCCACAUUCAUUUCAGCAAAACAAAUAAGCAAAUGUUCUAUGCUAUUAAAAAAGCAUGAAAACGGAUAGUCCAACAAAUAAGCUACAUUUUUUUGUUAUAAUUUGCUUACUGAUAUGAAAUUCUUAAGAACUUGUGGGAUUUUCCCCCCCUCCUAGCUGGUUUGCUGCAGCCCCCUGUUCGAAUAGUUUCACAGCCUCAGCCAGCACGGAGAUUAGAUCCACCACCCAGAUUUUCGGGGCGAAAUGACAGAGGAGACCCCAUGGCUAACAGAAAAGAUGACAGAAGGUGUGAUACAAAAAUUCCUCUCAAUUUUCUGUACAUAUUACAGACAGCAAAUAAUUUAAGUAUUUGAGGUUUGAAUGUAAGUACUGUUCAGUUUUGUUAAUGAUGAUUUGAGAAUGGAAGUUCUGUAUGUUUUGAUGUUUGUUGCUGUUGGUUCUAGAGUUAUAGGCAUGUGAGCUCUGCGUUCAUAAUGGUAGACGCUAAAACAAGACAUUUAUAUUUCACACAUGGUUAAGUCGUGAAAGGGAGCGUGAGAGACGUAGGUCACGGGAAAGAUCACCCCAGAGAAAACGCUCUAGAGAAAGAUCACCUCGGCGAGAGAGGGAACGAUCACCCCGAAGACCCCGACGUGUUGUACCCCGUUACACGGUCCAGUUUUCCAAGUUCUCAUUAGACUGGUAUGUUAUCUUGGUGUCAAAUUGCGAUUUCAUAUUUUUCUGUGGAAGGUAUCUUACUGCCAUAAAAUAAGGAUGUAUUAAAUAAACCCAAGAAAUUGAAACAUAGCUUCAUUUUUGUUGACUUUAAAGUUACUUAAUGUAACUCAGUUUUACUUGAAUGUUGUUCUUUCCUCACCCACCUCCAUCCACUGUAGACAGAAUAUUUUGUGCAAAUUAAGGAGAUGUGCUUUUUAAACUUUCAGCUGCACAAUGACCCUCUUUGUAUUACACAUUUUUACAAGCGUGUGGGGUGGCUGUGGACAUUGUACAGGAAUUUUGGAGCCAGAUAUGUUGCAAAGUGGAGAGCUGAAACAGUUUACCUGGCAAUAAAGCAUUAGCUAAUAUGUAAGAUGUUGCAAGUUGGGUGCAGAAUUCAGUGCUUUCAGAAUCUCAACUUUAAUUUGAAAGAACAUGUUUCUAACUCUUAAAGGGGUGAACAAAGGCUUGAAAAUGUGAAGGGAAUGCAAUAUUUGCAUGACUGGUAUAGGCUAUAGAAUUUUGAGAAAUCUAUGGUACCUUAUUAUAUGAUACAUUAAGGGUAUACACCUUAAUAGUGUACUUUCAGAUUAUCAUGAUAAAACAGGAGGGAGUUUCUGCCCAACCUGUCUGUACCUUGGCUAAAGCCUGAUCAGGGCUGGACUGUAGAGAUUUCCAUUUACUCUGACAGUUGCCUAACUGUUCAACAGCUUCUGGAGAAGCAACUUACCCUAAAAAUGGUGUUGGUUGGGUUUAUUUGUUUGUUUGUUGACUGAUUAAAACAUUUUUUUAUAUUUCUGAUACUUGAUAAAAGUUUAAUGGCUAUGACAAAAAGUACCUUAGCUUCCACAAAGGGCUGAACCAAACUUUUGUGAGUCUUGAUUUUUGUUUCAAAAUUUGCAUGUUCUGUUUCAGAGAACGUUUCAACAAGCAAAUUUAAAAAAAAAAAAAAAUUACCCAAAAUAAAGUUACUGUAUUUUUCUUCCAAGAUGUGGACACUAAUGGCUCUGAGCUGCUUUUCAGUAAUGUCAAAAGUAGAAGCAAAACUAUAAAAAGAGUGUUUGAGCUCAGUUCUCAUUCUGCAUCUUGCUACAAAUUUGCUUUUAAGCCCCAGCUCUUUUUAUUGUUGUAAAAUAUAUUUUCUUACUGCUUAAAGCCUUAGCUGUGAUAUGAUGGAACUGAGACGGCGAUAUCAGAACUUGUACAUCCCAAGUGACUUCUUUGAUGCUCAGUUUACAUGGGUGGAUGCAUUUCCUAUGUCAAGACCAUUUCAGCUAGGAAACUACUGCAAUUUCUAUGUAAUGCAUAGAGAGGUAGAUCCUUUGGAUAAGAACACUUCUGUACUGGAUCCACCAGAUGCUGAUCAUCUUUACAGUGCAAAGGUAUGUCUAACAACCUAAAUCAUUCCUGCUUGCAUAGAAAUGUUUGGAAAUGCUUCUUUGAAGGGAUUCCCAUUGUCUUCUGUGCAUAGGUUUUCAGUGAUGUUACCUUUGUUGCAACCUUUGUUGACUGAACAGUAAGCUCAGUUGGACCAGAUUCGGUUUCAACUAUUUUUUUCCAGAGUGGGUGACAUCUUCCCAGGGAUUCUUUAGAUGGGCCCUUGAUUCAUGUUGUUUGUCCAUAAAAUCUUGGCAAGAUUGCAACGAACUGUAUGUGGCAGUUCAAGAAGCUUUGGAUUUGCAGGCUACUUGCUAAUUUACACAAGUCUUAUUUUGUGCUUUGGACAUGUUAGAUGCUGUUAGGAAUUUAAAAUCAAGUGAUGAUUUCAUUGAUAUUUUUGGAUAUUUAACCCUUCAAGAUAGGUGUAUUUUUUUUGACUUUAUGCAUUAUUCUAGUCCUAUUGAGUUUAGCAGUUAAGUGUAAGAUACCAAGCUUUGAAUCAUAGCUUCAUUACGUUGUCUUGUCUUGUCUUUUUUUUUUUGGUCAUAUUACUUUAACAGGUGAUGCUCAUGGCCAGUCCUAGCAUGGAAGAUCUCUAUCACAAAUCAUGUGCUCUUGCUGAAGAUCCACAAGAGCUCCGGGAUGGUUUUCAACAUCCCGCUAGACUCAUAAAGGUAAAAAUAUGCGUUUCUAGCAAACAAACAUAAACUUAAAAAUUUUGCUGGAAAAUUGAUGCAAGUACAAGCUUUCCACAUAGUUUUCUUUAGGUUGGGGACAUAGAAUUCCUAUAUGGACACAAAUAAUUACUUUUGAAAUGUGUUUUAUAUAUUAUUCUUACAGGAGGCCCCCUGUAGUCUCCCAUCCAAAUUAUUAACAUGGUUUGCAUGUUUUUUGCUUUCAGCACUGCUGAAGCAUGUGGUCUUCCAAACCAUUCACAGAACUAGUUUCAUUUUUAAAAAUGGACUUAGAUCUGUUGCAUUUGAGAAAGCCCUUUCCUUGUGCGUGAGCAGGAGGAGAGAAGGUUAUUGCCAAUUCCCCCUGCUCCCAAACUGCUCUGGAUCUUCCGUGAGACUUUGUUCACACAACAGAAUCUUUAGAUCCAAGCUAGUAAGGUGUGUUUUGUGUCUUGAAAGCAAAUAACAUCACCUUGAGAGAAAUGGGAGGGGGGUUUCCCAUAGACACCGUGAAACCAUCAGUAUAAUCCUAUGCAUAUUUACUGUGAAGCAAGUUCUCCUUUUCUCCAUUGGAACCUACUUCCAAGAAAAUACCUUCUUAUGUUUCUGGCUAAAAUACUUUUAAACUCUCAAGGUUAUGUCAGUGAACAAUUCUAUAAGCCCCUGAUUUUACAGUACAGAAUAUUAUUUUAAUCUGUUGUUUAUAGCAUUUUUAUAUGAUGACAAACUGUUCCGAAGUCUUGCAGAAUGAAUGAGUAAUGAUGUUUAAACCUAUUCCAUUACUGAAAUGCAAUGUGGAAAAACAAAACUGAACUCAUUCUUGAGCAAGACUUAGGCUGCAAAACUGUAUUCACUUACCUGGGAUUAUGCCCAUGGUAGUCAUGUAUAGAAUUGUGCUGUCAUUCUUGCAGAUUAGGGAUAACUGCUUGUGAUGGCAUGUAAACUGACAAACAGGUAUGUGUAAUUUUAAUGGGUUAUAUCCAAUGCAGAGUGGACUUCAUCACUCUUCAGGGUUUUGGGAGACUGUAGGGCAGGCUUCCUUAACUUCGGCCCUCCAGAUGUUUUGAGACUACAGUUCCCAUCAUCCCUGACCGCUGGUCCUUCUAGCUAGGGAUCAUGGGAGUUGUAGGCCAAAAACAUCUGGAGGGCCGAGGUUGAGGAAGCCUGCUGUAGGGCAUUCAGAAGAAGAAAGUGGAGUCCAGUUGAACAGUUGGAAAUCAUUGCAGCAUAGGAUUCUACCCUUUUUUUUUGCAGUUUGGAUAAUCUUUUUUUUCUUGGAAGGGAAGUGCUAAGUAGCCUUUUCUUCUCUAGUUUUUAGUGGGUAUGAAAGGUAAAGAUGAAGCCAUGGCUAUUGGUGGACACUGGUCUCCCUCACUGGAUGGACCUGAGCCAGAGAAGGACCCAUCUGUGCUGAUUAAAACUGCCAUCCGUUGUUGCAGGGCUCUAACAGGGAUUGAUUUAAGUGUAUGCACACAAUGGUAAGUACUACAUUCUUUAAAACAUUUUGAUGAAAUAGCAGCAUGCUUAAAAUCCUCAUGGAAAUGAUUUGGGCAAAAUCAACCACUUCUUUAUCAGCAGCUGGUAGUAGCUGUGCAAGCAAACUACUCAAAGUGAUAUCCUAGUUGACAACGCAAAUGUGAUUUUGGUGCCAAAAGGUUUGAAGAACAAUGAACUUUAAAUAAUGUGUUUGUAUUUGUUGUUUGAACUUUGCAAUGCUUGUAUGUUAAAAUAUUCUUUCAUUUCACGCAUAGCUGGAGGAGAUCGCCAAGGAAACUUCAUUUCAUUAUUCUCGUGUUUAUAAAUAAUUAGAUGUUUGGGGCAGCCAUAUUUUCUCUUGGUCAAUUUACUACUUGUGUUAAUCAGCUGUCGAUCGCUUUGUGAAUAAGUACCUUCCAACAAUAAAUACAAAAAAAAAGAGUUCAACUUUUAUCUUUUAUUUCCUCCCAAGUCAGAUGAAAUGGCACAUUUUAGUGCCAAGUGCAAAAACAAUUGCCUCCAGCUUUUUUAAAUUUAUUCCCUAGCAGAUGUCUUAUAAUGCAUUGUACACAAGUUUUUCAAAGAGAACAUAUGGCUUUCAUAUUUUUUUUCUUUAGAAAAAAUUCAGGUUGUCGCAGCAAAGUUGCUUUACUUGAUGUGCUACAGUGAUCUAGGCUCUGUAAAAUGUAUUGUAGAAUUUUUUUUCCAACAUGCUUCUUCCCUUGCAACAGGUACCGUUUUGCAGAGAUUCGCUACCAUCGCCCUGAGGAGACCCACAAGGGGCGUACGGUUCCAGCUCAUGUGGAGACAGUGGUUUUAUUUUUCCCGGAUGUUUGGCAUUGCCUUCCCACCCGCUCAGAGUGGGAAACCCUCUCCCGAGGAUACAAGCAGCAGCUGGUCGAGAAGCUUCAGGGUGAACGCAAGGAGGCUGAUGGAGAACAGGCACUGAACGCUAAUCCCUUUUUCUAUUUCUGCUUCUCACAGGCGCAGGAACACAGGCACAAAAUGCACACCACAUGCUACACCGCAAACAUACCUAGGAGGAACAUAAUUGGUAACAAUGACUGGUAAACCAGCUUUCAGCAGUGUAGAACUUACUUGUGUUUAAUUACAGCUAGUGUACCAACUUAAGUGUAUACUGAUGCAACAAGUGGAAUUUAAGCUGUGCACUCCAUGCACAAAUCUUUGUAAUCUUAGAACUAGUUGCUGGAAUCUGGGACCAGUUAUUGAGUUAAGAUUUCAGUUUUAAAAGUUGUGUUAAGCAUUUUGCUGUUCUACCAAAAAACAAAAAACUUUUAUUUUUUCUCCCAUGUGUUAGCCUUUUAAAAAAUAAUAUUAAUAAUGGUACUUUGAAAUAGGCAAGACAUUGAAAUAACAUAGCCUAAAAGAAUCUUAUCUGGCUGAUUGGCAACUUGGUAAAUGUAAAAAGGUCUAACAAAAUGAGGAGUAUUUUGGGUGGUUUGAAAAUUGGGGGAUAUCAUACACUGUGUGGUUGGUGGUGACCAGCAGUGUCUGUGUGUCCCCGGUGAUUUUUGUGUUGUUGUUCUUUAUCACCCUUUUGUGUUUCACAGAGAUGGCUCUUAUUGGCUGAUGAGAGAGGCACUGUUAUAAACUAGUAGAAUGUGUGUAUGUGGCUUUGUUGAAAUGGUAACUUUAGGAGAAGACUGUCUGAUGAAACAGUUGUGGCCUUGCCCAGGUCAGCUGCAGAAUUUAAGAAAGAAUCAUAUUCAUUUUGAAGCUUUCUGAAGGAUGAUGACUUUAUUUCAUUUUUUAGGAUGAAGAGGAGAAGGAUGAUGGGGAAGCAAAAGAGAUUUCUACUCCUACUCAUUGGUCCAAACUUGACCCAAAGGCAAUGAAGGUAACCAUAGCUGAAGACUUCAGCAUUACAUUACAUUACAAAGUCUAGUAAAUAUUGCAGUAUUGUUUUUUUUCUGAAGGUAGUACAGUUAUUGAGAAUUUGUGUUGCUUUGAUCUUUUUAAAUGAGUGAAAUCUAUUAAAAUUACUGAUACAGAUCACUGGGGAAAAUCUAUCAUGAAUUUAUAAAAAAUGAAGCUUUGUGAUUUUUGCCAAGUUUUGCUUGCCUUAUAUUUCAGUAAUUUGAGAUGUGCUUUUCUCUGAAUAGGUUUGAUUAUAUAAAUACUAAAUUGUGAAUUGAAUGCUCACUGUAAUAUUUAUCAACUAGGUUAAUGACUUACGCAAAGAAUUAGAAAGCCGAACUCUUAGCUCAAAGGGCUUGAAAUCCCAGCUGAUAGCCCGACUAACAAAGCAACUCAAAGUGGAAGAGCAGAAGGAAGAACAGAAAGAAUUGGAGAAGUCUGAAAAGGAAGAUGAAGAGGAGGAAGAGAGGAAGUCUGAAGAUGACAAAGAGGUAGAAGUCUAGUGGAUUUACUUAGGUAGAAAAUGUUCAUUAGUAAACGUUUAGUUCAUUAUUAAGCUGAACUUCAGGUGUGUUUGUGUGUGAUAGGAAGAUCUUCAUAAUAAGAGUAAGGACUGAUCUUACGCAUGCAUAUUGUAGUUGUUGGGGGCUGCUUUCUCAUAACUUACUGCCAUAUCAAUCCAAAAGCUACAGGGUCUUGUCCCCAGUGUUACCUAGCCCCUGAGGAAAGGUGGCAGUAGCAUGGGAAGGAGCUGCUAAGCCAUUUAUGUCUACAUCUCUAUUUGUAUGUGCAUCUUCCUUGUUGCAAUAAACAUUGCUAGUGCUAAGAACACUAAAUAACAGGGCUUGUUAAGUUACAUUAGAGUUAAAUAAAUUUCCAGCCACAACGUAGUGCUGGUUAGGCCUUCGCUUCGUAGAGAAGAAAUAUGCUCUCCUUUUCCUCAAAUGCAGAAUACAUAAUCUCUCAUCUCCUUAAUCUUAGGUGUCUUAGGGUAAGAGAAAUUGACCCGAGGAUCUUGAUCACUGAGUGAAAAUUUGAACCUGGGUCUCGCCAGUCACUUCCAUACUAGGCUGACUCUCCAGGUUCUGUCAUGGAGUGUCCUCGCUAGCAUGCAUAUAACAUUCACAUAGGGAAAGGGAAUAGAAGUGUCCAGUAAACAACUGAGUAUGUGGCUCUCCCCACUCCCCCUGCCUUUUCACCCUCCUCAAGAAGUAUAUAUUUGAAGUUCAUACUCUGACGUCUCCACUCCAAAUUCCUUUUUUCAAAUCUUUAGGAAGAAGAAAGGAAACGCUUAGAGGAAGUGGAACGCCAACGUCGAGAGAGGCGAUACAUCUUGCCUGAUGAGCCAGCAAUCAUUGUGCAUCCUAACUGGGCAGCCAAAAGCGGAAAGUUUGACUGCAGUAUUAUGUCUCUUAGUGUUCUUCUGGAUUACAGGCUGGAGGAUAACAAAGAGCAUUCUUUUGAGGUCAUCUCUUCACCUAACUUUCUCCCCUCACUAUUUCUGAAUAACUGCUUGCGUGAUCACCCUUCUGAUCACACGACAUUGGAUACAAUUAAUAAAGGUUCCCCUGUUCUCUUAGGAGUGCAGCCUCUCUGGCUUCAAGCUUUUGAUUUUAUGCCCUCAUCUUGGUUCUGUGAUGAGACAGGGCCAGCUCAAUUACUUACGUCAGAUUAAGAAAAAAGGACACUGUUUACCAGCAGUACAGCUGUGAAGCCUCCAUUCAUUUGAAUUGGAUUUGCACGAAGCUAGACUUCUGUGCUCCUGUUACAGUAAAUAAAUUAUGACAAUUAUAUCCCUCUCUUCUACUGUAGCAUGGCACCAUACAUGUGGUGGCUUAGUGAUCUUCAAGUGGGGCCUACUUUAUAAGAAAAUUGAACUUUGCCAUGGAAUCAGGGGAUAUAGUUGGGCAACUCCAUAUUUUGUAACUUCAGCCUGCCUUUCUGUAAAAUGAGGAUAUGGUGAAUUUCCUCACUAGAAUUUUGUUUAAGCAAAAGAAAAGAUUGCAAAACUGCAGAAUUUCAAGUGCAAGGUUAAUUUUUUAUUUCUGCAUUCUUUUAACGAACAGGGAUUUUGAUAUUAUUGCUUGUAUUGAAGUUGAAUAUUAUGUAACUUUUCUCAGGUGUUAAUCACUUCUAGCAAAACCAGCAAAAAGUCUUGUGGCAUGUUAAAAACUAAUUUAUUAUGGCAUGAGGUUUCAUGGACCGUAGUCCAUUUUUUCAGAUGUAUAAAGUGUUAUCCUGAGUUGUAGGUAUAUUGAGGGUGGGGCAUAGUACACAGUGAGGUAGAAGGAAAUGAAAUGCACGAAAGUACAAACAGAGUGUACUGUUAAUUACAUUUUAACAAGAUUAUGCAAGUGUACUGUUUGUAAUUCUGUUUCGGUGCUUUGUUAAUUCUAGUUUGUUGCUUCCUGUGCAGGUUUCAUUAUUUGCUGAACUUUUCAAUGAAAUGCUUCAAAGGGACUUUGGUGUCCGAAUAUACAGAUCCCUCUUGUCGCUUCCAGAUAAGGAAGAUAAAAAAGAUAAAAAGAACAAAAAAGAUGAGAAGAAAGAGAAAAAGGAAGAACGAGAUGAUGAAAAUGAUGACCCAAAGCCUAAAAGAAGAAAAUCUGGAGAUGAGAGAGAAAGAAAAGAUGAGAGGGAUGACAGGAAGGUUAGUGGCCAUUAGAAGAAAGAACUAAUCAGCUGAUGGAUUAAGAACGGUUUGUGGAGGAAGGGCUUGUUACUACAUUUCAUCAGUUUUAAUUUUAUUUAUCAUGCUGCUUAAUUUUAUCAGAUCUUGCCUGAUAGGAAUUCUAUAACUGAUUUCUUCCCCUUACAAGGAGUCCAAAUUGUUACAUGAAAAGAAUAAAUCCUCCCCUACCCCAGACAGUGACAACAACUGGAGCACUGCUUCAGCUUAAUAAUUUUCUGAUAUUGUUGGUUCACUCUUCAGGGCAAAUAGGAAAUACAGAAACGUAAGCAAUAUCAUCAUCCGUUUUCACAUCCUCUUGCUAGGGGAAUGGGAUUGAAUCCCAGAUCUCUGUGAUUUGUUUUAGAAACUUUUGCACCAAGGGUGAGAUCCAGUGUUUUAUGAAUGGACUCCCCCUUCCUCUCCUCUCUGUGAACUCCAGAAUCUGCUCCAGAGGGCUAAGGGUUCUUCUAGAGUGGAUUUAGAGAUAUACAAAGGAGAACAGGGUAGAGGAGAAGAAGGGACAUUACACAAGCAGAAACGGAUUACUCAGUCGGGCAGACACAGUUGGAUAUCACCCCCAAUUUGUGUGGUUGAAGGUUUUUUAAUUACUGCUGCCAAUAGUUGGAUUGUGUUAAUAUUUGUGAACUAAUUACAGAGAGAAGAUAAGAGGAAGGAUGAUGCUAAAGAUGAAGAUGAAAUGGAAGAUGACAAUAACCAGGAAGAAUACGAUCCAAUGGAAGCAGAGGAUGCUGAAGAUGAAGAUGAUGGUAUAUGGGGAUGAUUACUCUAAUUAAAAGGUGGCAGGUGCAGACAAAGGCAAAACUGUAGAGCCCUCAGUUAUGUGUGUUGAUUUACACUAGUGAAUUUGCAGUGAGUAACAGACUGUGUACAAUACUUCUAUACCUUUUGAUGUGAAGAUCCAAUCUAUAAAACUACAAUUAUUACUUAAGAUUAUUGAACCAAAGUGGUCCAGAAGAGAAAUAAUAUCUUUGGCACACGCGUGUUAACAGAACUGCUGCUGUUUCUUUCUAUGUUGUAAGAUGCCCUUAGCAUCACGUGAGCUAUGUGCAUCUUCAUUCUAAGAUACAGUGGUGCCUCGCAAGACGAAAUUAAUCCGUUCCGCGAGUCUCUUCGUCUUGCGGUUUUUUCGUCUUGCGAAGCACGGCUAUUAGCGGCUUAGCGGCUAUUAACGGCUUAGCGGCUUUAAGAAAAAAGGAAACAAACUCGCAAGAACUCGCAAGACGUUUCGUCUUGCAAAGCAAGCCCAUAGGGAAAUUCGUCUUGAGGAACGACUCAAAAAACGGAAAACUCUUUCGUCUAGCGAGUUUUUCGUCUUGCGAGGCAUUUGUCUUGCGGGGCACCACUGUAUGUAUAAUAGCAGUAUAAAGCGCUAAUGUAAUAUGAAUAUGCUGAAGGUAAUGUUUGUUUCCAUAGAUAGGGAUGAUGAGGAAAUGAACAGACGAGAUGACAGAAGAGAGGGAAACCGGCAUUGCAAAGAGAGAGCUUCUAAAGAUAAGGUAUUUAGUGCUGUGAGUUUCUAACUGUGAAUCGAUGAAGAUGCUAGAGAACUGGGAAGGAAUAGCCUAUCUGCCAAAACUGUCUUCAUCAGUCUUAAGUUCUGUUUCCUGAAGGGUUUGUUUACUGGAGAUAGUGUCAAAAACCAAUUGAGGUGAAAACUCUCUCCAUAUUAUGUAAUAUACUAGUAGCUCUGACCUGUAAUCAGUGUGGGAACUAACUUCUGGAAACAACUUCUGUCAGAUCCUGCUGCUCCUAUCUCUUGUCCUCAUAAAUUGUAUAACCAUCUAUGAAAGUACUUAGUGUUGUAGCGCUUUAGAAAAUUUAUAUAUAUGCACAUGCCUUUAAGGAAGCUGUACUGUACAUAUUUUCUAAUACUGAAAUAACUAAUGGAUAAUAAAAAAGGGGGGAAAGCCUUAUUGUUAUAAAAUGUGUUUUUUAGGAAAGAGACAAAACACAGAUGAUAACUGUUAACCGCGAUCUUCUGAUGGCUUUCGUUUAUUUUGAUCAAUGCCAUUGUGGAUACCUUCUAGAAAAGGAUUUGGAAGAGAUACUGUACACACUUGGACUGCAUCUCUCACGAGCUCAGGUUUGUUGCUAAAGCUGUAUGGGAAUGAAGAAAAGGGAAGGCCUUGCAGCGCUCAGUCUGCAUCACUCUGGGUUUUUUUCCUCUGAUUAACUGCAGUAUAAUAAAGAGAAAUAAGACUUGUCCAGUCACUUUUUAUACAUCUGUAUUUUCUUUGCUAGAGAAAAGGGAGGAAACAAGGGGGUGUUCAUGACGAAAAAAAUGAUAAAUGAUUGAAGUCCACAUGCAUACAGAAGAAUUUUAUUGUCAAUAAUUUACGUAAAAUUACUCUCUUGCUGUAAAAUAUUUCAAGCUUUGAGAUUUGAUUUUUUAUGGCCUUUUUAAGGUAUUGUAAAAAUGUAUUGCUUAUAUUAUGCAUGAGAAUCAUGCCUUUGUUGAGCAAACCAUUAAUGUGAAUUUGGUCUCCUGCUAUCUUAGGUUAAGAAGCUGCUUAAUAAGGUGGUGCUUCGUGAAUCUUGCUUUUAUAGAAAACUGACGGAUACUUCUAAAGAUGAAGAAAAUCAAGAAGAAAUUGAAACUCCACAGGAAGAAAUGCUAGGUGACACAAUUUUGUUAGCUAUGAAGACAUGUCUACUAUUAUGUAUGGUGAAAUAUCUUCUACCUGUGUCACUUUAAUAGCAUGUACUCUUUCUUCAACGUGGUAGGUAGUAAAGGCUGCAGCAGUGAAAUUCAGAGAGGGGACCAUUUUGAAUGAGCAGAAGUCUGUGUGUGCUUGCACACGGCACAUUUGGAUCCCAUCCUGUUUUUUCCAUAUUUUGCCAACAUGACGAUCUCAACACUAUGGACAAUCUGAAAGUUUUUUGAGUGGGAAUUUUGCUCCUUAUGUUGGGACUGAGGAUGUGGGGGAGGGAAACAUUUGUUUCACUCUUGGAAUAUGCGAGUACACUGGAAUUCUUGAGAAAACGUGGGACUUUGCUAAUUUUCUACUGUAGGAGUCUUGAAACUCACCAGACAUGUCUGGUGGUGAUGUUGAUUUUAAUGAUAUUUCUUAACCCCCUAUAGGAAACAGGCUGCUGCUACCAUCACCUGCUAUUAAACAAGAACCAAGAAGCUCAGAAGAAAACGUUGGCCUCAUUGUUUACAAUGGAGCUAUGGUGGAUGUAGGGAGUCUCUUGCAGAAACUAGAGAAGAGUGAAAAAGCCCGAGCUGAGAUGGAACAAAAGCUUCAGUCACUAGAAGAAAAGACAGGUGAGAGAGUGAGAUUUGAAUUAUUGCUUCACACAUUCAGAAAGGUUUAUUAUUAAAACAGAAAAAUACUUUAAAGCUGAACAAUUACAAUUCCUAUGAAUUGGGUGGAGUGUAUGAAUACUCAGGUCUUCUGGCCUGAAUAAAGAGGACACAUCUUACCAAAUCACAUUACUAGCCCUGCUAGGUGAUACAGCUGAAUAAUUAGGUACAUGGCAUCUUUAACGCUGCUUGUUCUGUAAUGAUUGAAGGAAUAUAGAAAAACUGAAAGUAAAAGAUUAAGUGUUUUAAAAUCUUUUUUUGGGGUUUUCAGAUGAAGAUGAAAAGACUAUAUUGAAUUUGGAGAAUCUGAAUAAAGGUCUGUCUGCAGAACUUAAAGAAGUCAAAAAAGAUGCAGGCCAGCUACAAGAGAAUUUGAAGGCAUCAGAAGAUACAAAUUUGCAGUUUGAGGGACAGCUGAAUAAGACAAUCAAAAGUUUGGCUACAGUUAUGGAUGAAAUACACAGCGUUCUUAAAAAGGUAAAGGUUUUUCUAAUUCUGGUCGGGAUUCAACUAAUCUGUUGGGUGGGCAAAGCGAGGCCUGCUUGUGCAACCAGACAAACUGCACUUUAUUAAACUUUGCCUAACCAUGGAGGGGCUGUGGCCUGGAGGGUGUUAUGAAGGCCACACAGAGGCCUGUAUUUGGAUCCUGGGCCUGAGGUUCCCCAUCCCUGUGAAAGAGGUGUAUAAGAUUAGGCAUUGCAUGGAGAAACUGGGUUGGGAGAAGUUUUUUCUUCCCCUGUUGUAAUAUUAGAACUCUUGGGUUCUAAUGAAGCCGAAUGUUGGAAGAUUCAGGACAAACACAAAGAAAGUACUUCACACAGUGCAUGGAACUCUCUUCCCCCAAGAGGUAGUGAUGGCCACCAACUCAGAUGACUUUAAACAAGGAUUAGAAAAAUACAGUACAUGAAAAAUAGAGCUGUUGAUGGCUUAUGUUCCCCUCCACUAUUAAGAGGCAGCAUGCCUCCAAAUUCCAACUGCUGGGAAUCAGAAGCGGAGAGAGUGCUGUUGUACUCAGAUCUUGCUUUUAGAUUUUCCUUAGGCAUCUGGUUGGUCACUGUGCAAAUAAGAUGCUGGACUGUGGCCUGAUCCAGCAGGGCUCUUCAUAUGUUUAUAUGAUGAAUACCCACUUCCAUCAAAAAACAAGCCUUAAAGAGACACCGACUGUUUACUUGGAGACCCCACUGUGGUUCUUUAGUCAAGCCACAUUGCAAGAGGAACAAUAUAGUCAAUAUCCUUUGGAGCCAAUGGAUACUGUCACACAUUUGGAAGAUAACACCCAAAAUAACUUCAAGAAAUUGAAAUAUUGCUUCAGUUAUAUUAUUUUCUUGCCAGCCCUGGCAUUGAAAGUGUGUAUGUGGGAGGGAGAGGGGAGGGGAGGAAGAGGGAGAAAGAGUAGUAGGUUUGGUUUUUGUCUCCUAGCAUAUUAAAAAUGUGCAAAUAUCUGUGAUUUCACAUUAUGUAAAAGAGUAGUAUUUGAAAUUGUACUAGUAUUUGCAACUAUUGAAAUCUGGUUUUCCUAGGUAUUCAGGUAUUCAUUUUAAGUGUAUAGUGUCAUAGUUUGGCGCUUCAAGCACAAGACACAAAGAUCCAUGCUUAUUAAUCACUAAGUGGCUGAUGACAGGUGAUUAAAAAAUAGUACCUGCUGUUAGCAUGGGAAUAAUGCUGUAUAUGAAUUUAUACGUUACUUAGGGCUUCAUUUGAUAUAACCCUUCAUUAGUGUAUUUCCUUCUUUUCUACAGGAUAUUGUGAAGAUUGAAGAUCAGAAAUCCAAAGAAAAUGGAGCAAAUGUAUGACAAACUUGCUGCUGCUGUGGGGAAUAUGGUGUCACAUAAUGUAAUAUAAAUCAUGAAACUGGAGUGUAUGAAAGUGGUGCAUGUUUGAUUUGAGUAGUAUAAAUACCUUAGUCCAAGCAAAGGAUGUAAAAAGUUUUAUAAAUGUGCGAGCCUGCUUCAAAGCAUUGCUUGUAAUUCAUAGCUCUCAAUUUAUUAGACACUCCUUGAGUGAAAAUAAUUUUGCAUUGCAAAUAUGUUUUAGGGCAAACUUCGUUAUAGUUUGAAUGCUAAUAAAGUUCAUCAAUUUAAUGGAAAGUAGCAAGUAUUUAAUUACCAAAUGUUUUCCUUUUAAAGUCUAGUGGAGACUUUCCCCCCAUUAUUUAUAGAAAUGCCAUUCUUAGGUUUUUAUUUUAGUCUAAUUAGCCUUUUUAAGUUCAGGUAUAAAUCAUAGCAUGCUGCUUAAUUUUGCAAGUAAAGAUUUUU